AUGGGUAACCGUAGCGUUCGUACACAAGGAGAUAAUCUUGCUACUUAUGGUGCUAGCUACGAUCCUUAUUACGGUUAUGAAGGAAUUGAAAAUUACGGUUCAAUUUAUCAACCUACUGCAGGAGAAUAUCCAUUCGGUUAUGGUAUUACUGAUGAACUAUUGAUGACAACAUUGGGAUCUCCUCUAGGUGGUCCGUGUGUUCUCGGUCCACAAGGACUUGGUGCAUACGGCUAUAUGUAUUCAGCGAGUUUUAAUCCAAUGCUUGAACCCGGUUUGAGCAGAUCUAAAGUUCGUUUAAUUUACAUACCUAAUUAUGCAGUAGCUGAAUUUCAAAAUUUAUUUCAACAAGGCAGCGCCAGCUUUGCAAAUCCUUUCGUAGGUGGUUAUGGAGGAUUCGGAAUUCCACAGAUGAUGCCACAAAUACCUAUGCUUCAAGGAUCGAUGUUUCAAAUGGGUUCAAAUUGUUGGUCCAUGUCGUUUCAAUUACCAUCGAUGGGUCCACAAUUUUCUUUUGGUAUUCCUUGUCCACCUCCAAUGAUUCAGCCAGUUAUGUCUCAAAUGCCUAUGUCCUAUCCAAUGGUCAUGCCUCAAAUGCUAUCCAUUGCAACACCUUCAAUGCCUUAUUCUUCACAAGCAGUUCCGAUGGUACCACAACAAAUAGCUUAUCCACCUCAAUUUCCAAUUAUACCACAACAACAAAUUUGCCCACAGAGUAUUCCUGGUAACUUUGGUGGAGUUCCAUCAUAUGGAGGUUUUGGUCAAGGAUUGCCACUAGGCGGAAGCUUUAACAACUAUGCCGCAUUUUCAAGCAUCGGUGGUAAUAUAUUGUCAAAUUUCAGUGGAAUCGAUCAGCCAGGAUUCGGUCAGUCUGCUUUUGCAGCAUACGGUGGUUUUGGUCAAUUACCUUAUGGUGGCUUUAGCCAGCCAGGAUUCGGUCAGUCUGCUCUUGCAGCAUACGGUGGUUUUGGUCAGUUACCUUAUGGUGGCUUUAGCCAGCCAGGAUUCGGUCAGUCUGCUCUUGCAGCAUACGGUGGUUCUGGUCAAUUACCUUAUGGUGGCUUUAGUCAGCCAGGAUUCGGUCAGUCUGCUUUUGCAGUAUACGGUGAUUUUGGUCAGUUACCUUAUGGUGGCUUUAGUCAGCCAGGAUUCGGCCAGUCUGCUUUUGCAGCAUACGGUGGCUUUAGUCAGCCAAGAUUCGGUCAGUCUGCUUUUGCAGCAUACGGUGAUUUUGGUCAGUUACCUUAUGGUGGCUUUAGUCAGCCAGGAUUCGGUCAGUCUGCUUUUGCAGCAUACGGUGGUUUUGGUCAAUUACCUUAUGGUGGCUUUAGUCAGCCAGGAUUCGGUGGAUUCAAUCAACUGUCUUAUAGUGGCUACGGGCAACCUGGCUUUGCCAGAUAUGGUCAAUAUGAAUCCCUAUCAUAUUAUCAACCAGGAUUUGCUAGUUACAGUCAACAACCCUUUGGUAAUAUCAAUCAAUUAGGAUUUGGUGGAUUCUCUCAAGCUCAACCACAGUUCGGUGGUAUUUAUCCACAGCAAUUAUCAUACAAUGCCUUUCCACAACAGUCAUUCAGUUAUUUUCCAGGAGCUAAUAUCAAUUUAUCAAGUGGCUUACCUCUAUGCAAUAGCCUCUUUCAGCCGGGUAUAUUCCCAACAGCUAGCAACUUCUCUCCAAUAAGUCAUGCACAAUUAGGAUCAUUUUCAGGCGGUUCUGGACGAAUAUCAAUUCUCUUUUCAACAUUCAUUCUCAUCUUCAUUUUAUUAUCCAUCACGACAAAGCUCUCAAUAAAAUCCAUCAAUAGAACAAUGGUCCGCCUUUUCCACUUCAUAUUUGUUAUGCUUAUUGGUUUAAGCAUCGUUAUAGCCAAAAAUGAUAUUAAAUUUCGUAAUAUCCAACAAAAAAGAUUUUCUCGAAGCAAUGAACAUACACAUACUUUACAUGGACAAAAACAACAAGGUACACAAUGGAAUGGUGGUGAAACGACUGUAGAAUCAUUAUCACCCAGUCCACCUCCUAGUCCUGAAGAAAUCGCUUGUCUUGCAGCAUGUCAAUAUUGUGUUGAAGAUUAUCCGAUUGAAAGCAGCAAGCAGAAAACAGCUAAUAAUUGUGGUCCUAUGUGUGAUUGUGCUGAUAGCUGUUUUCACAUGUCAGUUCAGCAGGUUGGUAAAUUAUAUGGACAAAAUGCAAAGACUGAUUAUGGUAAAGAAUGUUGGUGGAGAACCUAUACUGAGAUGCUCGGCAAUGUGUUAUUUUCAGCAUAA